AUGGCGAAUGAAGUCGAGAUAAAAUAGUGGUUGAAUAGCGACCUAAGAAUUGAAAAUAAAAUUAAAAAUUUAGAAGAUGAUAUGCGUAAUGGAUAUAUUUACAGAGAUAUCUUAAUGAGAUUAGGUUUAAAUGUGCCAUCGACAAUUGUCAACAAGACUGAUGAUGCUACAAUCAAGUAAAAUUAUUAAAUAAUAGCAGGAAUUUUAAGGGAAAAACUAAAGAUAACUUUAAUGCCAAAGCCUGGAAAUAAUCUUGAAGUCCUUAAAUAAUUAAAUAAGUUUCAUGUAACGAAAAUAGUCAAAUAGAAUAAUUCUACAGUGAGUGAUGAUGCAGAUUAAAAUUUAAUUGCUUAGUUUAAUAAAUCUUUAAAAACGAAAGACAGACACCUUAAAUCUAGUUUUAAAUAUGAUGAAUAAAUUAAAUAAAAUCUUCCUCCUAAAAUUAUGGAUAUUGAAUAGAAGCUAGAGAAAUUUAGAUAACAAAAGUUGAAGAGUGAAAUUCUUGCAAAAACUUUAAAGGACUAAGAAUUAGAAAGGGAAAAUUAAUGGAGAAUUGAACAUAGACAAUUUGAAAUAAACAAAACUCGUAACAAUCACAAAUAUAUUGAAGAUAAAACUAAAAGCAUUUAUGAAAAUUGGCUUAAAACUCAAUAAGUUAUGCAAACCAGAAUUAAUAAAGAAUAAACUCUUAAUAAUUACCUCACUAACAGAUUAAAGGAAGAAGUAAAAGCUGUUGAAAAUUACGAGUUUAAAGAGUAUAAGGAGGGAUUAGAUUAUUUUAAGGAAAAUUGUAUUCAGUAAGGUGUUUCUUUGAGACAUGAUCCUGAUAAUUAUAAACCUCCUCCUAUUUCUCACUUUAAUCUGAAUGCCACUAUGAUGAGAAUCAGAGAAAGCACUCACAAAUCUAUUUUGGCUAGAAAGGAUAAAGAAAAAAGAAAGAACAGGAUGUUAGUUGAGUAAUAGAAAUAUGAAAAAGAAAUUUAAGAGAAGAAAAGAUAGUAAGACAUGUUGACAAAAUUUUGCGAAUUAAGUGUUGCUGGAGCAGAGGAAGGAAGAAAGAUUUAUAUUGCUCAAGAGAAAGAAAAGAUAGUUGUUAGGAAUAGAAUUGAGAAGGAAAACCAGAUUUAAAAGGAAAGAAUGGAUUAUUUUGACUAAAAGCAUGAAGAAUUUAGGGAAAAAGCAAUCGCAGAAGAAAUAGAAAGAAAGAAAUAAUGGAAACUGCAAAAAGUAGAAUACAUGGAACUUAAUCUCUAGAAUAAAAUAUAAAAAAGGAAAAAACAUAGUAAGACUUGUCAAGACUUAAUUGAUAUCAUUCUUGAUGUCACUGAGCUCUGCCACAAUGCUUAGAGAUAAAAUAAUUCAAUAAGAGUUCCAGAGUAGUAUUGGAGAGAUCUGAUGGAAAGAUUUGCAGAAGGAAGACCACUCUGUGAAGAAAAGGUUGUGACAAUAUUUGAAUAAUAAUAACAAACAUAACGUCAAGCUCACGAAGCUGAAAUCUCGGAAGAGCUUGAUUAACAGUUAUCUAUGAUGUUUACUGAUUACAACCUAGGUUUCUAGAUGUGGUAACCUUUUCAUUAAUUUGAAUAGCCAGAAAAUCAAAUUUUAAAUCAUGCCUACAAUGAUGAUCAGCUUGGAGAUUUCUUGCAUUAAGUUAUUGACAAAAUAUAUCCUUAAAAAGCUAUUUAAUCAAAGCCUCAUGACAUUCCUGAUCACAUGCCUUUGAGAAUCAGCAUUAUUGGUAAUAGAUUUUCAGGAAAGAAAUCCCUUUCUUAAUUAAUUAAGUAAAAAUAUGGAGUUGAAAUCAUCGACGUAUAUGAUGUUAUAGAUCAGGCUAUUAAAUAUGCUUUUCCUCCUCCUGAAGAUGAAAAUGAAAAAAAGAAAAAUGCAGCAAAGAAAUAAACUAAAAAAGGGUAAGUUGAAGAAGAAAAACCCGAUAAUCCUCAACUCAGAGAACUUGGAUAAUAAGCAAACGAAAUGAAAACAUAAAAUAUUCCUUAUACUGAUGAGAUUUUAGUGAGGGCUGCUCUUAUAUAAAUAAAAUAAAUUUUCCCUGUGGUAACACCUGAUUAACUCAUUCAAUAAUUAGCAGAUGCUAAGAUAAAAGAGUAAGAAAGACAAGCUUAAAUGAAGAAAGAGUGGGAAGACUACUUAAAAAAGAAAGAAAAAAGUAAUCCUAAAAAAGCUGCAGGAAAAGAAGGCAAAAAGAAUGUAGGUUCUAAAGUAGAAAUAGAAGUAAUAGAAGACCCUCCUCAAGAAACUUACGAAGAAGCAGUUUAUCGUUUAAUGAAUCAAAAAGAAUUUGAAUACACACCAGGCUUUGUGCUGGUUAACUUCCCUCAAAAUGUUAAGUAGGCCAAGCUUUUAGAAGAGGGUUUAACAGGAUUUGUGAUGGAAGAAGAAAGAUUGAAUCCAGAAGGUGAAUAGAUAAAAGAAUAAAUAGCUUAACUUGUUAGAGCAGGAGAGAAGACUCCUGACACCAGUCUUAAAUAAGGCGGAAUCGAUUUGGUGAUAAAUCUUAAUGUCGAUGAGACUAUUGCAGAAAAGAGAGCGGCAAAUAGAAGAUUAGAUCCUUAAACAGGAAAUAUAUAUAAUUUAGAAGAUAAUCUUCCUCCUCUUGAAGAAAAAGGACUUGCUGAUAGAAUACAGCCAAUAGAUGAUCCUUAAAGCAGCUUAGAAAAAAUAUAAGAAGCCAACAAAUAAUUCAUUGAAAACUUAGAUUAUUUGCAAGAAUGGUAUGGUAUGUUCGGAUUUGAGACAGAACCUGCUAGCAAUUUAAAUACAGAGCAAUAACAGCCUUAAUCAUAAGCAUAAUUAUAGUAGAAUGAAGAUUUGGCAUAAGAGCAACAGGAAUAGGAAAAAAAUAUAUUUGGAGCUAUUUAAAGUUUGGAGUCUACAACUAAAAGAAUUGAGGUCUUUGAAUAAAUAGACAAGAAGCUAUCUGAUCUGCUUAAAAUUAAAAAGAAAAAAAUAGAAGAGUAAAUCUAAAACUACUAACAAGAAUAAGAAAGAUUGUAGUAGUAAAGAGAAGAAGAGAGACUCCUUUAAGAAAAGCUAGAAUAAGAAAGAUUAGAAAAAGAAAAACAAUAGCAAUAACAAUUAUAAGAAGCAUCUAAUUCAGCUAACACUUAAUCUAACAAUCCUAAUGCUUCAGCCUCCCAAGAAUAAUUGUCAAGUCAAAACAAAAUCCCUACUGAUAAUCUAAUUAGUAACGACAUGGCUGACACUUCUAAAAUAAACUAAACAGAUCAAUCUAUGUAAAACUCAGGAUAAGCAGGAGGUGACUUCUUUGACAGACUUAAAAUGGACAAUUUGAAAACUGUGAUGAAAAUGUGGAACGAAAUAUAGACUAACUAUUUCAAAGAAAUAAAAUAAAGCUUACAUAAAAUAGAUAACCAUAGAGAGGUUAUUUCAAAUCGUUUAGCUGAUGUAUAAUUUAGAUUCCUUUCGGUUAUUCAAAGGCCAGAUGAUAAAUAGCAUAAAAUAAAUACUUUCAAAGACAACCUAAAUAAAUUCUUUGAUGAUAAUCCACAAAUGCUUAGAUUCUAAAACACUAAAGAUGAAUUAAAUCAGCACUUAGAAACUUUGUAUGAAAAUCUAUGGGAUUCUGUAGAAUAAAAAAAAGCUGAAUCAAUUUAGGAAAGAAAAACAAUCAUGGCUUCAGGAUGGUUUGACUCUGAAAUGGCUGCUCUUUUUUCUUCUUAUUAAAGAUUUUUCUAGCUAGAAUUAAAUAAGCUUGAAGAAAUUAUAGAACUCAUUUUAUAUAUCUAAGAUGUUGUAGAAGGAAAACCCAUUAAUGAAGUUUAAGAACAUAUCAUUUUAGAUCCCUUCCCUAAUGGGCAACCUCCACCAAUUUAUGAUAUUGAAAAUCCUAACCAUUUCCCUAGGGUAGAGAAAAUGUUUGAUCACUUUAUGCAUUCAGUUGAUAACAUCAGCGAGCUUAUUGGAGACAUAAGAGCUAAAUUCUUUAAAAAGAGAACUGCUGGUCUAUCGUUUUAGACUAUAAACGAGAAGUCCUAUCCAGGCUUGAACGAUCUCUAUAAUUAAGUACUCGAAACUGAAAAAGGAAUUUGCAAGUAUAGAGGAUACAUUUUGAAAUUUACAUUAAUUAGUAGAAUUAAGGAACUUAAAAUGAUUGAAGUAGCUCUGUACAGCAAAUUAGAUGAUUGGAUUAUAUUUGGUUUAAAGCAUGAAAACGAAGUUAUUUAUGAUGCAGUCAGAACUUUGAGAUAAGCUAUUCAAUCUUAAAACCCUGUAGACACUUUGGUUGUGAGUGUUAAAAAUAUUUCUGACACAUACAAAAUAUUGAAUUGCUUCAAUCAAAUUCCUGCUUAUAUUCAACCACUCGAACUAGUUGAAUCGGUUGAUGACUUUAGAUUCACAAUUUUCGGUAUUAAGCUUCUUUAUGAAGAACUUCACACUUUAUGUGAUAAAAGAGACAUCAUAAAUCUAAAAAUAUUUGAAAAUGUAUUCUUAAGAAGAAAAAAACAUUCAAAUCACCUCCCAAAAUUCAUAAAGUAAUUGCCUGAUAAAUGUUUAGAGAGCAUUUAUGCAAACUUUGAAUCACAAAUACAUGACGAUAAAAUAGAUUUUAAGGACUUAAUGAUUUGUUUCAUUCUGUUUAGCUCUCCAGUUCCAACUGAAGACCUCAUAGAAGAAUACAAAGAUCAACUAUUGACCUACUCAAACAGUGGUUAUUUAGAAACACAUAAUUUCCUUCGUAUCGAAGCAUGGUUUGACGAAUAUGAGAGAGAUAGACAACUUUAUGGUUAGAAUUUAUUCAACAGAGUAUUUUUUGUAAAGCAGCUUUUGUUUGAUCUCUAUUGCGAAAAUGAACCCUACAUCCUAAGCAUUAAUUAAUACAUUGAGUCUCUCAAGAGAUUGUCUAGUAAGGGCAAAGAAUAUUUCUGGCAAAUUCUUUUUGAGUGA